UCAGACAAGGGUGAACACCGCUAGCUUACUAGAUGAACCAGUUGGUGCCAGACAAUUGCAUUAGUCUACCUGUUAGUUAGCAAAAAAUACUCUUAUUUUUCUGGUUGUUUCAUUUUAUGAAACACGUCAACAUUGAGACGGCUUUUAGAACGUGGCCUUUGAGAAUCUCUGAUAGCGAUGACUUGUGACGUUAGCUAGCGAGCUAACGUUAACCUUCUGUAGUCGAAUAACCACGUUACAGUUAAGUCAGAUAGCACUUCCAGCUAAGUCAGCUAGCACUACCUAGUUAUUAUGAUAGCGACCAAUACCAAAGAUCGUUAAGGCUUUAACAAUCUUUGCCAAUACUUUGGUCGUCACUCGUCAGUACUAAGUUUUCUUAAUACUAGUGGUCAUUGGAUCAAGCUAAGUUAGAGGUUUUCGUUUGGCAUAGCUGAUUGGGUUCUAAGAAAUUUGUUGUAUGUGGCGGUGUUAUAGAUAACGUCAGCUAAUGUUAGCUAACGUUACAAAUGCUAACUGGCUGAAUUAAUGUUAUAGUCUGCUAGCGUUGCCUGAUAUAAUUUUACGACAACAGCUGAAAUAGCCAGCUAACAUAAACAGAAUCAACGAGCCAUGGAUAAGACUGUUCUAUCUGAAGCGCCUCACAAAAUGAGGAACAACAUGUAAGCUACAUUGCAAAGGUGACUUUAGGUAACAAUAAAUAGUACCAGAGUAUAAGAGUGGCGAAGUAUAAGUACUAGUCAACGUGAAGGUAGAAGGAUGGAAGAAAAGGAAAUGCAUGGCGGAUUUUUUAAAAGGACUGCCCGUGUACAAUAAAAGCAACUUCAGCAAGUUUCAUUCAGAUUCAGUGUGCAAAACGUCGAACAGGAGACCCUCAGUCUACCUCCCAACACGCGAGUUUCCCUCAGAACAGAUCAUUGUUACUGAGAAAACAAACAUUCUAUUGCGAUACCUUCACCAACAGUGGGACAAGAAAAAUGCAGCUAAAAAACGGGAACAGGAGCAAGCCGAAGGGGAGAGCCCUGCUCCUCCAAGGAAAAUCGCUCGGACUGGCAGCCGGGAGAUGAAUGAGGACUCCUAAACUUUUUCCUGCUCACCAUGUGAUCAGCUACAACCUGCUGGACAUGUGGCUGUUCAAGGAUUAACAAGCACACAGGCCAAGACAGCAGAUACAGACAAUUGAUAAAGUACCGCUUGCUUUAUCUGAGAUUGUGAAGUUGGUUUAUUUUUGGAGAUUUCAUUGUGUUUCCUUUUCUUUAAGUGCAAACCCAUUACAGCUGUUUAUUCUCAGUUGUCUUGCAAUGGCUGAGUUUUCUUGCGUAGUGGCAAGAUCUGUUGACAAGCUUUGUCUUCAGCCCUUCAUUGGCUGACGACACUUGCUUGGCACACUGUAAUAUUUUUGUCUUGAUCUCAUCGAUUCAGUAAUUUAUUGAAGUCUUGAAUAAAGUACUAUUCUAUCAAGUACACACAUGUGGAUUUAAAAUACUGAAAACAGUGUUGCUUGAGUUUACAUAUCAAGUGUUAUGGUCUUGUCAGCUUCAGCUCUUGGGUUUUGUUCGAGGCAGAUAUUACUCUGACAUAUUCAACUCUGAUGUUAUUUAAUGCUAUAUUCUCUCUCAUAGCAUGUUUUGAUCAUUGAGGGAUGUGCACACACACAAUACAUGAUGAUGAGCCUUAAUUAAAUAAUUUGAGUAGUCUGUAUAAAUAGUAUUGAAUGGUAAAUUUGUACAGAAUUUAAAUGUUAUAUGGGAGAGUAGAUCUGAAAAAAAAAAAAAAAAAACCUUUGUGUCUCUGUGUGUACAUCUGUGGUGAAGAUCCUACGAAGCGCAAAUCCAAUGGAGGUUUGCGGACACUCCACUUUUUGUCUAUUUGUUAUAGACCUUAAAAGUUUCAGUAGCAUGCAAAACCAGAGUGCCACUGCCAAGACUGCUAACAAUAGUCAUGUCCACUCUGUGUCUACCUGUCCAAAUUGUUUAAACGAACAUGCAUCAUGUUUGCCAGGCCUUUGGUGAAGAUGGUCAAGCUUCUAAACCCACUUAAUUUCCUUUGUCCUAUGUACAUUGACAUUGUAACAAUGUGUUGACAUUAUUGGAUUUUAGGCAUAUCACAAUGUAUGUGUAGGCUGCAUUUAUCUAACAUUCAUAAAUCACUGAUUAUUCUGGUCGGCCACAACAAGAUCAGGCAUUUGUAAAGGAUUUUAUCCGGCUAUACUUAUGAGUUGGAAUUUUUAAAUAAACAUGCUUUAUUUUGUCA